AUGAACAACCACCAGCGGGUUCUGGCAGGUUGGCGACGGCUGCACUAUUUCCGGGACGUUGAAAUGUUUAGUGGUGCUGAAGAGCCGAGUUUGCCAGUUGGUCCGUUUCGUUUGGACUACAAACUUGCCCGGGGAAUCGAACGUGGUGUUGGAUCUGCACGGCUUGUUAGUUGGUUCAAAGAGCAUCCAAACGAGACAUUGACCCCGGCCACUGUGCGACGGCUAUCACGUGCUGUUGACUCGAGUGAGUAUGGCGACCUGUUUGAGCGGCUAUUAAGCUCUGGCCAGCGGUUUGAGACCGGGUCGGGCAUGUCCCAGGUGAUCACCCGACUGUCUUCAGGAACAGCCCGGGAAAAGGCCAUUUUCCUGCUAAAAUCGCGGCCGUAUGACUCGAACCCGUUCAUUUCGCAGUACUCGGACGACAUGCGUGUUGCCACGAUCAAAAGACUCACAGAAAAGACAUACUCGACCGAGGCUCUGCAUUACCUCGAUCUAUACAAACAGACACUUUGCCAGGACUCACCGAACUUGAACACGUACUACCGUCUGUUUAACGACCUGUUGUUGCAGCACGGUCGUCAGCCCGAGCUCACCCGCGAAAAUAUCCACUCCAGUAUCGAUCUAAUCCUCAGAUACUACUUUCUCGUGGAAAAAGACCUCGAGAAGGGCCUCAAGAUUAUGAACCGGUAUUUUGACAUACCCAACGUGCAAAUCAGCGCAACCACCAUCAGCCUAAUCAACAAGUAUUUUUUGAAAUGUCUCAGUCACACGCCUGGCGUCGACCCCGUCGUUGUUCUGGGCUAUUUGACCACGAUGUAUCCGUUCAGCUACCGUUUCCUGGAAACCAGUGGUUUGCUCAAUAUGGUGUACAAUUACCGUGUGCAACCGGUGUUUAGCCCGGAGAAACAGCUGCUCAGACCCAACAUCCGCGAAGAGCUUGUUGACCCCUUGUUCCCCGUGUCCCUGGACAUGCUCGCCUUUGCAUACCAUUCGUACUUGUAUGGCCGUCGGCCGGGGAAAAUCAAGACACGGCUGCUUUUCGAAAAGUACCUUGCGCUUUCACAAACAGACUUGCACACCGACGCGUUUGCGUCGACCGCGGUGCUUGAAACGUUUCUGGGCUAUGUUGUUAACGUGCUACAACUGCCUCGUUUUGCUGCCCGAUUCUUGCAGCUGUUCUGUGACCACAACGGGUUUGCUAAAGCUUCGCGCGUGCACUCGACGGGAGUCAACAACCUGCUAGUGAGACUGGCGCCGCUCGAUCUUGCCCGCGCCAUUUCGCUGGCCAAGCAGCUCGCCAAAGUCGUCUCGCUCAAUAAUAGAGUCUACUACACUUUUAUCCACCAGCUGGUCAGACUCGGAGACACAGAAACCGCUGCCGUGUUCUACAGAAAACUGCUGGAGUUGCAGUCGUUGCAUCCAGCCAACAGCACUUAUCUUGGCCAGCGAAACCUCGCUGAAAUGUGCAGCAAGUUCAACUGGCCACCGCCCGUUAUAAAGCCACACGUGGAGCACUCUCCAGUCAUCGCAGAAAGACCAAAAGUCAACUACUUGGAGAUUGUGCGCCUGCUCGACUCAAUGAGACCAGGAAGCUUCGUAAACGACGAGCUCGAUACAACCCCGUUUUAA